GGCCGGGGUCACUCCGUCUGCCCCGAGGGCAGGAAUGAAGAACCGACGGCCCGGCACUCCGAGCCACAGGGACUCUUGGGUCCCCUUUCGCCCCACCCCACACACUCCCUACACCUUGUGGCGUUGCGCCCUGGCGCGGGCGAGUCUCAGCCAGUGCAUGUAUUUCCUCGCCGGGUUCCUAACGGAAAACAGGGAGGGGGGAGAGCUGGGGAAUGUCCGUGUUUGGAGCAAGUCUCUCCCCGCGACCACCAGCUGCACCUCCAGAAGAGAAGACGAGCUGUCGGCUCCGCUGCAAGCCGCAGGGGCUGCCUUGCCGCCUCGCUGGCUCUCCGACUCCGGGCUGCGGGAAAGCGGGCGCCGCGCCCGGCGCUUACCUACCUUUCCGAAACAUAAUCCCGGGAAAUUUCGACUCCGGGAGGGGGAUGGGGCGGUGGGACGGGGCGGGGACGAGAACCGGGGGCGCAGAUUUCAACCCGGAUCCUCUUCGCACACUCAGCGCCUGCCUCUGGCCGCGCGGGGCGGGGGGUGGACGGAGGGAUGUUCAGUUUAUCCGGAGGGAUGCAUGUCGAGAGGAAAUGGUCCUCCUCGGAGCCAAAUUUUUAAAAAUCCACAAGCCCCACGACCAGCCGGGGCCGCCGCCUCCUGGGCGAAGCAGCGCCGCGCCGGAGUCGGCGAUCGGGAGGCGCCAGGAGCCCGGAAUCUCACAUCCGCGCCGGCUCGGAGUCCGGGCGGCCGCCGAUCCGGCUCGGGGGCGCAGGCCAGCACCCGGCGGUGCGCAGCGCGGCGGCGGGGCCGGGACUGCGACUCAGCGCGGCCCCACCUCCUGGGCGCCGGCGCCCGCCCGCCGCGCUCCCCGCGUCCCAGCUCUCGGCUGCCGCUCGCUCGCCGCCCGCCAGCCCGCGCUCCCCCGCGGUCUCCUCUCCCUCGGUCGGUGUGCGAGCGAGUCUCCCUCCCUCUAAUGCAGGAAAUGCGCAAAAGACGUCAGUGUGUGUGAGUGUGUGUGUGAGUGUGUGUGCACGCGCGCGCGCGCACGGCAGUGUUUGGGGAAAUAGAAAGUUUUUGCCGGUUGGGGGAGCAAUACGGAAAAAGUGAGCCGAAGAGAGAACCGUGGAGAGCGGGCGAGGCUGCCCGGGGUCGCGGCGGCGGGCGGGGGAGCCUGGGGAGGACCCCGCGCGGGACCCGCGGGAGCGGCGGCGCUGGGCUGGGUGCGCGUGCCGGGGGCCGUGGAUGGCCACGGAUGGGCCCCGCCGGGCCGCGCAUCUCUCGGGGACCCUGCGGUCAACACUGUCUUUUAGAGCCGGGGAUGGGGGAGUGGAGGGAGCCCUGUUGCCCCAGAGGCCUCGGGACCCUCGCCCUGACCACCGCCACUCGGGCGGCGGCUGGCAGGAGCAGCUUGCGGAGUUCUGGCCCAUCUGUCACUCUGUCCCGGGACGCUGUGAUCCACGGUGGUGGGGGAGGGGGCAGAGGGAGGGACAAGCAUGGCUCGGGUGAGGUUUUAAACUCUAUUCUUCUCUCUUGCCUUUCUUUGGGGACAUUCUCCCCUUUGGGAUCUGUCCUGGACUUCGCAGGCUGCAAGAACUUGUUGACAAGCGAAAACUCGGUAGAGCCCCGGCUUGGUUUGUGUUCUAUUUUUUGCAAAGUGACUGUUCCUAUUUGCUCUGGGCCUUAUCGGUGCCCCUUUGGGGGACUUCGGCUCUGAUCAGCGCGCUAACAGCCGCCGUCCGGACUGCGGGAAAACGGGGCGCGCCCUCUGAGGAGUGAGUGGCUGUGUCCAUGCUAAUUUCCUCCGUAACCUUUAAACUCUCGCUGGAAGCCGCCGCUGCGGCUGGUCACGUGAGGCGAGUCCUGGGCUGCUGGGGAAAAAUUUCCUCGGCGGGGAGCCGGGACGGGGCCGGCGGCCGGUGAGGGACUGCCCCGCGCCCAAGACUGGGAACCUGGGAGGGCAGGGCCCGCAGCGCGGGGCCCCGGGGCGCGGCCCGGCUGGGACACCCGCGAAGACGGCGGCGGGUAAGAGGUCGGCUCCGCAGCCGGGGAGCUGGGGGUUAUGCAAGUGGGGAAAGAAAACCUCCGCCCUCGCCCUUCUGCCAAGUCAAGUCUGGGAAUUUGGCAUGUGAUGGAAGGCAGUGGCAAAUAUGGCUGAAAACGCAUUUGGGAAGCAGAGCCAGCACCAAAGUGAGAUGAGUGAGAUAAACGUAAUCAAGAUAAAGAUUUUAGUACAAUUUUUAAAAAAUAAAAAUGUGAGAAUCCAGAAUGGACACAAUAUCCACAUUUUAAAUUUUAAAAACAUUAAAAUUUAAAUUUUAAAUUUUAAAUAUUGCACUAAAAUAUUUAUACUACUGAGUUUAUUGGCACCCGUUAAAUUUUGUACCUGAGCCGAGUGCAUCACUCACCUCACCCUAGUCCUGAUCCUGUUGGGAAGUCUGGAAAGUCUAGGAUUUCAUGGAGUUAGGGAUCCUUGACUAAUUGGUGCUUCAUACCUUCUCACUACUUGCUUUGGGUAAGUCCUGUAGAGGCAGGAGCCACCAUGCGCAGCCCCCAAAUAUAUUAAAUAGGGUCUGUUACCAUCUCAGUGACUAUCUUUAAACAAAUAACCUACAAACUUUCAGCACCAUUUCCUAGCAUCUUGGGUGAGGUUAUGGGAAGGCAGCCUCUGCCUCUCAGCAGACUGUUACUCUGUGUAAAUCACCAGACUGCAAUUCUCAGGGGCAACCAAUGCUUGUCUCCUUUCCAUUACAGCAACUCCUUCGGAGUAGGGGUAAUAAAAGACUUUGUCAAACAAAA